GCUUCGCUCGCUCUGAGCUUCUUGAGGCAGACAUGGCUGACAGUCUACGGAGAGAAGCAACGAGGGACCAAAUUCAAUGAAGCACUUCAGACUGUCCUAAGCAUCUACCUGAGGAAUAUUGACGAUGUUUUAAAGGCAGUGGAGGAAAUCGCCAAUGAAGGCUUCCCUCAGAUUAUCAAUGCAUCCAAAGAUGAGAGUUCUGCCGCUUGGCCGACCCUGAGCAGGCAGACCUUCCUGGUAUUCUAUGGUAGUCCUGAUGACCGAGCUGGAAAAAUCAAUCCGAAGGAUUCCAUCGGGCCAAAGCAGCGACAGCAGUGAGGCUCAGACGGAGAAGCUGCUGACAUGGAACCUGGCAGUGCGGGACUUUCACAUCCUGGUCAACCUCGUCAAGGUGUUUGAUUCCAGGCCUGUGGUCAACGUGUGCCUUAAGUAUGGACGCCUUUUCCUGGAGACUUUCCUGAAGUUGGGGAUGCCGCUCCUGGACCUGAGCUUUAAAAGACACAAGGAGGACGUCCAGAACCUGUUGAAGACCUUCCAGCUCAGCACCCGCCAGCUCCACCACAUGUGUGGACACUCCAAGAUUCACCAGGAUACCAGCUUGACCAACCACGUGCCGGCCGUGAAGAAGAGCCUGGAGCUGUUUGUGUACAGGGUGAAGGCCAUGCUCACCCUCCACAACUGCCAGGGCGCCUUUUGGAUGGGCAACCUCAAGAACCGCAACCUGAAGGGUGAGGAGAUUCUUUCUCAAAGGUCACAAGAAAGUGAGGAGGACGAUGAGGAACGGGAGGAAGACGAGCAGCCGCCUCCACAGGACCAAUCAGAGGAGGAGGGUCGAGACGGCGACCGCGAUGGCGAGACGAAAAGGAAGUUUGGCAGCGAGGGGAAUGACCUGCAGGAGGACACGGGUGACUCUGAUGAUUCUUAGGGUGUGCUUCCACAAUUCUGGAAUUCUGCUUUUAUGCUUGAGUCCAAUCCCAAAUACUCUCACCUUAUAAAGUUUCUUUAUUGACAUGUUUGCUACCAGAAUAUUGACGUGUUUUCUCAUUUGAAUGAAUCUCCACAUG